AUGGUCGUCAGCGACGAAUUGGAAAUUUCCAGCGAAGUGGUAGCUUCGAUCCCCUUAUCUGAUAGCGUCGAUCUAUCGGAUGAGAACAACUACCCAGAAGGAGGUCUCAAGGCCUGGUCUGUUGUUCUUGGAGCAUGGUGUGCAAUGGUCCCUUCGAUGGGAUUAUUGAAUAGUUUGGGGGUUCUACAAGCGUGGACGAGCACACAUCAGUUGAAGGACUAUUCGGAGUCGAGUAUUGGUUGGAUUUAUGGCUCUUAUGCAUUCUUUCUAUACAUUGCCGGAGCGCAGACGGGUCCGAUCUUCGAUACAUAUGGCUCCAAGUUUGUGAUCAUCCCAGGGUCUAUCGGGAUGGUGGUUUCCAUGGUGUGUUUCAGUUUCAGCGAAGAAUACUACCAAAUCUUCCUCUCCUUCAGCGUCCUCGGUGGCCUAUCAGCCUGCACGCUCUUCACCCCAGCAAUUUCAACAGUCGGCCACUGGUUCAACCUCCGCCGCGCCUGGGCAACAGGUGUAGCAUGUACAGCCGGUGGAAUCGGCGGAGUGAUCUUCCCCCUAAUAAUCCUCUACGCGGCACCCAAGAUCGGUUUCCCAUGGGCAAUCCGGAUCAUCGCACUGCUCUCUGCGAUACUAUGUGCAUGUGCAUGUCUAUUGCUUGAGACACGGCUACCCCGAAACAAAAAAGCCGGAGCAUCGGUUGAUUUCCGCGCGCUGAGGGAUGUCAAAUAUGCUUCUACGACUGCAGCUGUUUUCUUGGUUGAAUUCGCGGUUUUCAUACCCAUUACCUAUAUUGCAUCAUAUGCAAUCUCUGUCGGUGUGGAUGAUACGAUGUCCUACCUGCUAAUACCAUUUUUGAAUGUUGGUGCUAUACCGGGUCGAUUCCUGCCAGGCUUGGUAGCUGAUAGAGUUGGUCGUUUCAACGUGAUGGUGUUGACAUCGUUGCUGUGUUCGAUAUUGACGCUGGCUUUGUGGAUGAAGGCUGGCGAUGAUUUGACGGCAAUUAUUUGUUAUGCUGUUUUCUUUGGGUUUUGGAGUGGUGCUGCUAUUAGUCUCACGCCUGUUUGUAUUUCUCAGGUUUGUGCGACUGAUGAUUAUGGGAAGCGGACUGGGACGACGUUUACUAUUAGUAGUGUUGGGACUCUUGUUGGGAUUCCCAUCGCUGGGGCAAUUUUGGAGCGUGAUAGUGGAGGGUAUGGGGGUUUGAUUGUCUUUGGUGGUGUGCUUUAUUUGGCGGCUACGGUUGCGUUUGUUGUUGCUCGGGGGAUUUGUGCUGGAUGGUCUUUGGAUCUCAAGUUUUAG